UCCAAUCUGUUGCACUACACGUGGUUUGUGUUGCGAUGAGCGGUCUUUGGCAUCUUUAGUGUCUUUUGCAACAUGGCGACGGAAGAAGUGUGCCUGCCACGUGGAGGGCCACCCUGUCCUUCAAGGAGGGCAGAACAUCCUUCCGAGAGACAGAAGAAGAAGAAAGAAACACUUUUUGGGGGAAGCACAGCAGUAGCACAAAAGAAGCAAAGGCGCAGACACAAAGAACGGCGCAACGUUGAAGACGAACCGAAAGAAGAAGCGUUUGUGAUCAGGCCGCUCACUGCACACUCUAUGACCGAGGGCGUCGUGCUGCUGGGUUGCGUACAGCUUGUUCACGACUUUGGACUCAAGGUGUCACUUCCGUACGGUCUCGUGGGCAACGUCGCCCUGAACGAGGUGUCGCAGAUAUACACCGGUCUGCUGCAGAAGUUUGCGCAUGGGGUAGAAGACGACGACACGGCCGUGGUCCGAAUGAGCGCCAUGUUUCGCGUGGGCCAACCCGUCGUCUGCAAAGUGCUGUCGGUGUCCCCCGAGAUGUUCGGCUCUGGCCGUCUGAGCCUCACGCUCGAUCCGCAGAAGGUCAACUCGGGCGUGGUUCCUGCCGCCGUAUGCGCGGGAACGGUCAUUCAGUGCGUCGUGGUGAGCAACGAAGAUUACGGGUACACCAUGGACUGCGGCGUACGCGGACUGGAGGCCUUCCUGCCGCACGACGAGACUCGCAAGUACUUGAAAGUGUGCAACGAUGAGCAGCCGCUGGCUGUCGGACAGUUGCUGCGCUGCCUGGUGCUCUCUGUGAUGGGGCGAACGCUCAGGUUAUCCGUUAAUCCGAAGCGACUCCAGUCGCCACAGGACGUGGAAGAAGCCAGUCUUGAUUCCCUUUUGCCCGGAAUGCGAGCCAAGCUUACAGUAACACGGGUGAAGCCCAAUGGACUCGGCGUCAUGUGGCAGACCUUCGAAGGCUAUGUGCACAGGACACAUCUCUCUCAGACAUGGGACCUACCACCAAACUAUUCCGUGGGGCAAGAGGUGGUGGGCAUUCUGUUGUACGUCCAUCCCAGCACUCGUGAGCCCCACUGGACCUUGAAGGCCGUCGGACGGUGGCAGCCUCCCGAGGGACUCUCUGUCGGUGCCCUGGUAAGAGACGCCCAGGUCGUGGGGGCGGACACCUGGGGAGCUCACCUGGAACUGCCGGGGGGCAAGGUGCGAGCGCUAGUUGCCCGAGCCCACGCGGCCGAAACGGAGGUGGACGACGCCCGGAAUGCAGUGACUGUCGGUCGCAAGUGCAAGUGCCGGAUAAUAGCCUACAACAUGAUAGACUGUGUUGCCGUGGCAACGUUGAAGAAAUCGUCCCUCAAGGGAGUUCACUUGGCGCCUGACAUGCUAACGCUUGGAAUGAAGCUGGAGGGCAAGGUGCACAGAGUGCUGCCCUCUGGAAUUGUGGUAAGCAUUGGCCCCUGGAUGCGAGGCUUCGUGGCCCAGGUCCACCUGGGCGGCCGUGCCUUCGAGGUGGGGCAGCCCGUGCGCUGUCGUCUGCUCCAGGUGGAGGCGCAUUCCGACCCUCCUCGCCUGUGGUUUACCUGCCACCGUGGCCUCCUGACCUCCCGCCGUCCUCCGCUGUGUUACUAUUCGGAAGCGGUGCCAGACAAGAUUGCAGAUGGUCUUGUUGUGCAGGCGGUCCCCGCGGGACUCCUGGUGGCCUUUUACGGACACGUACGGGGGUGGGUGCCUGCGAUGGAGAUCCAUAGGACUCCUGUCCCCCUGGUUAGGCAAUACAAGUUCGGACAGCUGGUGACCUGCCGAGUGGUUCGAUUUGAACCAGACUCCGAGCGAUUGACCCUUUCACUGAAGCUGAAAACCAGAGAUGAAACUUCGGAGGAAACAUUGUCGGCGCAUGCUGCAGAGGAAGCCGAUGAUGCUCUUCAGCAACAAGAAGGAAGAAAAAGAAAUUGGUCCGAAAGUGCAGAUAAUCAAGAAACUGCUUGGGUCGGAACAGAGGACACCACAGGAGCGCACACUUCGGGGGCUGAAGCAAGGCGUCGGUCGGUGCGACUGCUAAAAAGGAAGGAGGUGCCCGUUGACGUGAGUCUGAAAACCGGAGAUGAAGCUUCGGAAGAAACAUUGUCUGCGCAUGCCGUAGAGGAAGCCGAUGCUCUUCAGCCACAAGAAGGAACGGCUGGGGUCGGAACCGAGGACACCACAGGAGCGCAUACCCCUAAGGCUGAAGCAAGGCGUCAGUCGGUGAGACUGCUAAAAAGGAAGAAGGUGCCCGAUGAUGACAAGUCGGCGCAGAGGAAUGGUGGCGCAGACCCGGAGGACACACCCAAGACGCUCCCAAUGUCUUUUGUGCCCGGAGAAGAAUCUGAGGCAACCGUGGUAGCCGUCGAGAAAUUUCAACUGAAAGUGAGCCUGCCGGGUGGCAUCUCGGCCCGCGUGCACAUCACGCUGGUGGAGGAAGCGCCUGCGGAGGGUGUGAACCCCAUGCAGCAGUUCAACGUUGGAGACAAAGUUUGCAUUUAUGUGACCUGCCUGAGGACGAGGUCCAACUGGUACGUAAUGCCAAUCACCGACAACAAGACCCGUAUUCCCCUGGAACUGAGCCUCUUCAAGACGUCGGGCAUACGAGACCUCCAACCUGGAACACCCAUCACGGGCUUCUAUUCUCAUUUCGCAGACAACUGUAUCUACUUAGUAAUCUCCACCGACAGAAUGGCGAAGCUUCCCAUACUGAACAUGGACAUCCCAGCAUCGAAAAUUCCUUUUGUCUCCAAGCAGUACAAGAGGGGUCAGGCUGUAAUGGCCACAGUGUUUGAGGUGUACGGCGACGGUACAGUGGAGUUGUCUCAGAUAGGCAUUGACGUCCUGCAGCCGGGGCAAAUUGUGAAUGCUCUAGUGGCGACCGUUCGGGACACGAGAGGUGCCAUGCUCAGUCUGCCCCUGGGAUACAGGGGGCAGAUGGGACUCACAGACUUCUGCGACGAUUUCACCAAAACCGCCUCGGUCAUGGAGGACCUCGUAGAAGCGCGGUACACAAAGUGCCAGAUUGUGGGCUUCAACCCGCAGACCAUGGAAUAUUACGUCUCAAUGCGUAAAUCCCGCUUGCAGGGCUCCACCGAGGUGAUUGACCGCGAAGUCAAGACCGUCGACGACAUAAGCGUCGGAGACACCCUCCGAGGAUUCGUGUGUUCCCGCAGCGGGAUUGGCUACUUCGUAAACGUCGGAUUCCACGUGGACGGCCUCGUGCCUCGGAGCGCGCUUCCCGCGGUGGGCACGGACGAUUACCGAGCCCUGCACGUCGGCGCCCUCGUCGUCGUCAACGUGGCCAGCCUCUGUCGACGGACGGGGAAGCUGGCGUUGACGUUGAUCAAGACGCUGAGCUCGUCGUGCGUCUACCGCAAGAGGAAGGUGUCGGAAACGGAAGACCCGACAGCUGGUCCCCGCAAGAGACGGGCGUCCGAAACGGAAGCUUCGACCGAGCAGCCGAAGGAGCCUCCGAGGUUGGACCUCGCCGAGGGUUUCACGUGGGACGUGGCUGCGACUCCCAACCUCAGCGAGCUGGCCGUCAUGGCACCCAACACGAAAGAUGAGGACAGCGACGACGAGGAAGAGAAGCCAGGGCGCAGAAAGAGUCGCAAGGAAAUGCGCGACGAACGGCAGAAGAUGGAGGCAGAGCUGCGACAGAGGGAGCGUGCUCUCAUGGACCCGACGCGCGAACCGGAAACGGUUGACGACUUUGAUCGGCUGGUGCUGGCAUCGCCCAACAGCUCCAUGGUGUGGCUCCGGUACAUGGCGUUUCACCUACGGCAGGCCGAGGUGGAGAAAGCGCGGGCGGUCGGUCGGCGUGCCCUGUCUGUUAUCGGCUUCCGGGAGGAGACAGAGAAGCUGAACGUCUGGAAGGGACUCCUCACAUUGGAAAAUACGUACGGGACCAAGGAAACGCUCCAGGAAGUCUUGAAGGAAGCUUUGCAGUGCAACGACUGUCUCACGGUCUACAAACACCUGAUGCAAAUAUACGCCGUGUCAAGCAAAAACGAGGAGGCGGAAGGGCUGCUCAAGAAGAUGCUCUCAAAGUACAAGUCCGACGAGGUGUACCUCCUCGGCGGGACGUUCUACAUGAAGUGGGGAAAGCUGGAGGAAGCGCGCGCCCUCCUGGAACGGGCUCUUAAAACCUUGGAGAAGCAUGAACAUGUGGGUCUGAUCUCCAAGUUUGCCCAGAUGGAAUUCAAGUACGGAGACCCCGAACGGGGGAAGAGCAUGUUUGAUACCGUUCUCGUCAACUACCCCAAGAGGACGGACCUGUGGUUGGUCUACAUUGACCUUCUCAUCAAGCAGGGUGACCUUCAAGGAGUCAGGAACCUAUUCAUGAAAGCUACCACUUCAAAGUUCCAACCUAAGAAAAUGAAAGUUUUCUUUAAGAGGUGGCUGGACUUUGAAAAAGAGCACGGAGAAGAAAGUUCUGUGCAGGAUGUGCGACAGCGUGCAGUGAAGUACGUCGAGCAGAACUCUGCGAUCGAGAACUGAGAAACAAAAAUUACCUCACCUUGUCCAAGAUUUUUUUAUCGAUCAUUGUAUUCUCUCUCUACUCUCAUACGUCUCGGAACGAUAAAAUAUGUGUACGAGCGCACACAUUUAGAUGCAGGGUACAUUCUUAAGUACACAAGGAGGCAUUUUAAAAUCUUGUAAAGUACAACCACGUACACGGUUGCGUGUAGCGGGUGCCCAAAACUGUUGUGCAGCUCUUUCCGCAUACCAAACCACGUGAAGUAAAUAAACAGUUCCUUCAUUGC